AUGUCAUAUCAGGAGGAAGAGGAGGUGGCCACGACUACUGCGGCGAGCUAUGAUCCCUACGCCUAUCCCAACGACUUCGACCUCCAUACCGGUGAUCCCAAAGCUGACCUGGCCUACGAGAGGCAGUAUGAGCAGCAAACCUACCAAGUUAUUCCUGAAGUGAUCAAAAACUUCCUGCAGUAUUUCCAUAAAACCAUUUCUGACCUGAUCGAUCAAAAGGUUUAUGAACUGCAGUCGAACAGAGUUUCCAGUGAAAGCAUCGAGCAAAAGAUCUAUGAGAUUCAGGAUGUCUAUGAGAACAGCUGGAAUAAGUUGACUGAUCGUUUCUUCAAGACUUCCCCUUGGCCUGAGGCAGAGGGUAUUGCUUCUCUGGUUGGCAAUGAUGCUGUAUUCCUCAUCCUUUACAAAGAAUUGUACUACAGACACAUCUAUGCUAAAGUCAGCGGUGGACCAACUUUAGACCAGAGAUUUGAAUCCUACUACAACUAUUGCAACCUUUUCAACUACAUUCUCAAUGCUGAUGGCCCUGCCCCCCUGGAACUUCCAAACCAGUGGCUGUGGGACAUCAUUGACGAGUUCAUCUACCAGUUCCAAUCCUUUAGUCAAUACCGCUGCAAGACUGCAAAGAAGUCUGAGGAGGAGAUUGAGUUUCUGAGGAGCAACCCAAAGAUCUGGAACGUGCACAGCGUCCUCAAUGUCCUGCACUCACUUGUUGAUAAAAGCAACAUAAACCGCCAGCUCGAGGUCUACACGAGCGGAGGUGACCCGGAGAGUGUGGCUGGGGAGUACGGACGCCACUCUCUCUACAAGAUGUUGGGAUACUUCAGUUUGGUGGGGCUUCUCAGGCUUCACUCUCUUCUCGGUGAUUAUUAUCAGGCCAUCAAAGUCUUGGAAAAUAUUGAGCUCAAUAAAAAGAGCAUGUACUCUCGUGUGCCUGAGUGCCAGAUUACCACCUACUACUAUGUGGGCUUUGCUUACCUGAUGAUGAGGCGCUACCAGGACGCCAUCAGAGUCUUUGCCAACAUUCUCCUCUACAUCCAAAGGACAAGAAACAUGUUCCAGAGGUCGACAUACAAAUAUGAGAUGAUUAACAAGCAGAAUGAGCAGAUGCACGGGCUUCUGGCCAUCGCCCUCACUAUGUAUCCAAUGCGCAUUGACGAGAGCAUCCACACUCAGCUGAGGGAGAAGUAUGGAGACAAGAUGCUGCGUAUGCAGAAAGGAGACUUGCAGGUGUUUCAAGAGUUGUUCAGCUUUGCUUGUCCAAAGUUCCUGUCUCCUGUGGUGCCAAACUAUGAUAAUGUUGAUCAAAACUACCACAGGGAGCCCUUCAGUCAGCAGGAGAAGGUGUUCACUGAGGAGGUGAAGCAGCAGGCUCAGCUCUCCACCAUCCGCAGUUUCCUGAAGCUGUACACCACGAUGCCUGUGGCCAAACUGGCCGGCUUUCUGGACAUGACUGAACAGGAGUUCCGUAUCCAGCUCCUGGUUUUCAAACACAAGAUGAAGAAUCUGGUUUGGACCAGCGGCAUCUCUGCUCUGGACGGAGAGUUCCAGUCUGCCUCUGAAGUGGACUUCUACAUCGACAAAGAUAUGAUCCACAUUGCUGAUACAAAAGUGGCUCGUCGUUACGGAGACUUUUUCAUCAGACAGAUCCAUAAAUUUGAGGAACUCAACAGGACGCUGAAGAAGAUGCCCACUGGAACCACGUCAUCCAGCAGCAGUGCAGCCCGCGGAGUCUGA